UGGAAAUGUAAACUGCUACAUACGCGCAAACAUCACCUUAUUCUACAUUGGUAGAAACAAGACGACGCCGUAUAUUGAUUUAGUUUAGUAAACUAUGUUCAGGAUAUUGUUAUUAACAUGACAGGUUUUGAUUUUAAAGAUAUAUAGGCCUAGAGUUUGUCUACUUUUACGUUAUCCUCAAGUCAAUAUCGAUAUUCGCGAAUUUAAUUAUAUUUUGUUAGCGAUUGGCUAUGAUUCGUUAUGAAACAUUAAAAAGUUACAGGUUUAGUAGCCAUGGCAACAUGUGGUGAUCUCACUGUGUUUUAUGGGGCCAAUGAACUGGACAAGCUCAUUCAAAAUUUUGAGUUUGAAAACCAGCAGUAUGUGAAGUUAAUAGAAAAAGAAAAUCAAUUAAUAGAAGCUUUAGAAAAGGAAGAAGCUGAGAAAAGAUCAGAAAUCUUGCGUUUUCAAGAGGAAACCUCUAGACUCGAUGAAGACACAAAGAAAGCUCAUAAGCAGUUUACACACAACCGAGACCACUGUGAAAGUCUUAAGAAGACAGGCGUUGUAUUAACGGAACAUGAUUUAGCUCUCAAUCGGAAACUCAACUCACUCAAAUGCAGUGGUGAAGCAGAGAAGCAGGAAAGAAAGAAUGUUCUGAAGCAAUACCAAACGGUCUACUUGGACUAUGAACGCAAGUACAAGUCGUUUCCUAGAGUGAAGAAAUACCUUGCUCUACAAGAAAAAAUUGCUGAACGUGAGAAGGUCCUCACUCAGGACGAAGAGACUUUGAAAAAUCUUCAACAGCAGAUUGAAGAAGCACGAGGAAACGAUGACAUAAACUUCAACGAUUUAAAAGAAUUUAUCAUCAAGCUUGUACAACUAAAAGUGGAUUCUGAAAAAGUUCUUUCACAAAUAAAACUUUACCUGGAUGAGAAAAGCAAUCUAGAAAAAGAAUUGGCUGAAAUUCGAGAAAAAGAGUCACAGAAUGUGGAUCAAACACAGGAGUUGUGUGAAAGAACGGAGGCCGUCACAAUGCGUGAUGAAAGUUCAGAGUCAGUUUCAACAAAACUACACAAGGCCUGUACACCUAUGGAAGACACCAGUGACGACUCCAUAAACAGACGGAGGAGCGGUGAUCAAGCUUGUGUGGAAGUUGAAAUGCUUGACGGGGAUUCAUCAGUUAACAAUCCUAUGAUGACAACGCCAUCUCGGAGUGUUCCUGUCUCAGUAAGGUCGCAGCCUGAUCACAGACAACAAAUACCUGUCAAGACCACAGAUUUUCAGCUUUCAGUUCAAUCCCAUGAUGGAGUAUAUAAGGGCUACUUGAAUAAAAACCAGAACAACAUGAAUACAGGAAUAACACCGAACAUAGCAAACAGGUUUCCUCUACUUGAGAAUCUUCAAAUAACUGCUCGACAACAGACAUCUAAUUUUCGACGACAGACAACCGAUAUUCAACAACAGACACCUAGUGUUCAACAACAGACAGCCAGUGUUCGACAACAGACAACCGAUAUUCAACAACAGACCACCGAUUCUCAACAACAGACAACUGCUAUUCAACAACAGACCACCAAUAUUCAACAACAGACCAACAAUAUUCAACAACAGACCAACAAUAUUCGACAACAGACCAAUGAUAUUCGACAACAGACCAAUGAUAUUCGACAACUUAGUCCACAGAUCCCAGCUUUGACUUGCAGAGAAGGUAGACAAAUGCCAACGCUGGUUGUUCCUAGACCCAUGGCUCCUGGCCCUUCACAGAAAACGUUUCAAAACUACAAAUCAAUGCCAGCACCAGUUCCCAGACUUAUUCACCCAUUUGUAGUGCCAAGAAGUGAACCUCAAAGUCCAUUAACAAAAGCACAACUCGUGACCACCCCAGUAACACCAAGACCAGUUUCUACUGCUUCGUCUGGUCUACAGACGAAACCUGCAGAGUGCGAACCUCAUACGAGAGUUCCUUCGCUAGGAAACCAACGAAGAUUUUCUUCUCCAUCUACGUUUUUUCAGCCACCAUCUACUGAGAAACCAAAUGCCCAAGAGUCUCAAACAAACUCCAGCACACCUCUACCAAGAUUCCUGUUGCCAGCUUUGCCAGACUAUUUAACUAAUUUGUCAUCAAAACAAUCACCAUCAAGUCCAAUGGUAGCUUCUCCAAUACAGAUACAGAAAGAAGUGCAGCAGGAAUGGGGCUCGUCUCAAAAGACUACAAAGACAGCGCCUUCAAAAAGUCUUACUUCUAAAAGGAUGUCUUAUACUGAAGAUGAAUAUACUCACGAAUACUCUGUACCCAAGACUCCAAAGCCUGUUCCGAGCAGCAGUAACGAAUCAUCUUCAAGUCCGUUUGAUCUUCAGAAACAUCGUCAGCAGCUGGAGAACCUGAAAUCUAAAUCACCAGGAGGUCCUACUUUUACCAGCAGACCAAUGUUUGAAUGUGAAAUAGGACAAAUGGACACUGAUCAAGAUGCAGAACCAGCAUCGUUUUUUCAACCCUUUUGCAAAGACACGUCUGUUGAUUCACCAAGUCGACUGUCAAACUCGAAUAAAAUGUUUGUGUCAUCUCCUGUACCAGGAACCACGAUAUUUAGCCAAAAACAUGAGCAGAAUAGAGCUCAAGAAAUGCAGUCUGUUUGUAAAAACGACAUCCCUUCGAUGUCGCUGUUUGACAAGAAGGAAACCUCUCCUCAAACAAAGCAGACAUUCGAGUCUGGUUUCUUCUCUUUAUUCGGUUCCACUCCAGCCAGUCCGCCGUCUGAAGAGUUGAGUUUCUCGUUUGGAUUUGGAGGACAAGAAACAGCAGCAGAGUCUCCUGAAGAUUUUUCCUUCAGCUUUGGUGGAAGCUCGAACAACGACAAUAAUUCAUCCCCAGUCUUGAACUUGUUCUAACUAUUCACAUGACAUAUGCUUCUUUUUUUUACGGGCACCCAUAGCAAUGGCAGGUUGAUUUUUGCCCCAAUUAAACAAAAAUGCCAAAAUCUGGAUGACAAUAUUUAUUCAUGUUAACAUUACUUCCAAACCGCUAUAUAUAGGGUUAAAAAUGAAUCGCAACACUUUUUUUUUUUACAUAAAUUAUAUACAACUAAUAUUGUGAGUGGAAUGAUGGACAUACGUGGCGAAUAGGUUUCAGGCCAGCUCAUUUUGCCAGGACAGUGUGCUUGAACUUAACUGGAUAUACAUGUAAGCACAAAAGGAACUAUAAAUGAAAUGAAAUGUAAAUAAUACAUAAUAUGUCAAAGCAAAUUCUCACUGGCACUAGCAAAUAUAGGCCACCCAAAUCAAAAUGGGUAUUGCAACAUUUUUGUUCUUUUCUAAAUUUAUUUGUCAAUAUUGUUGGCUGCUAGUUUGCAGCUAGUGCUUUUUCAAUGUUAACUUUAUUUGUACUCAUUAUUCACCAUUUAAAUCUAUCUUUCAUGUUGAAUAUUUAUGUUACAUGCACAUUGCAUUACUCUUCACUUAGCAUAACUAACAGAUGCUGGCUGUUUGUUGAUCCACUUCCAUUUAUUUGAAUAAAUAUUGUUUAAAAAAAAAAAAAAAAAAAAAAUGAUGCCAGUGGUGCGUAUGUGCAAGGUUGAUGCUUUCAGGGGUUGAAACCCCCCUGCUCAAACAAAUGUUGUUCUUUUUUAAAAAUAUAUAUGCCAGAGGACCAUGAUUCAACCCCUAUAUAAACGACACUUGUCACAGUCUAGACACCCCUGCAUAAAUUCUUGUGCAAACGCCAGAGAUGAGUUAUGAAUUCUGAGUGCUUUAUUAUAUUGAAUUUCUUGAUUAAAAUGUUUAAAGAUAUUUCCACACUGUGAUAUGUAUAGAUGAUUGCCCAUGUAGUGCAUUGUAUGAGCAGUGACAUACAGAAUUUAUGAAAUGAGUUGGUGCAGUGUUUUAUUUCCCAUUGUGACAGCAAUGAUGAGAAUACAUGUAGUUUCAAACACAUUUCAUAAAUUUGGUAUAGCACACAUGAGUAUAUGUUUAUUAAAACUGUUAAAAUAUUUGUCACUGAUACCGAAAUUGUAAAUUUUAUGUUCUGGUAUCAUUAGCGGUCCAUCCUGCAUGUGGGAAGCGCAAAUAAAAGAUCCCUUGCUGCC